CCUUGGGCUUUAUAUUGGCUUGUGUCACUUGCUUCCAUCUCAUUCGAGUCGUAACUCCCGGGCCCGCGGUCCUACACCAUCGCUUACUUGAACCGGCAACUGCCGAAGAAGGAACACUGAAAAACUUUAUACCGCCAAAGAAUAAUGCAUCAUCAGAGAUUUCUCCUUUUUGGACUUUGGUUUGUGGCUGUGGUCUUAUCAAAAUCCGAAGGGACAGAAGUGGACGUGGACAAGCGGAGACCGGGAUGGGGAAAGCGGGACAAUGGUAUGUUAGGCACUGCAUCGGAGGAAGUGUCUGAUUCGUUAGACAAACGCAGUCCUGGAUGGGGAAAGAGAUAUUUUCAAACCGAUUUACCAGAAGAAGACAGCUUGGACAAGAGGAGACCGGGUUGGGGCAAACGUUUUAAUUCCGAGUCUUUCGAGGAUAGUAUGGACAAAAGGCGACCUGGCUGGGGUAAAAGGGACCCUAUGAUGUCCGACUCAGAAGAGAUGGAAAAACGGCGACCAGGGUGGGGUAAGAGAAUGCUGACACAAUCUCUGUCUGAGGAACUUAACAAACGGCGUCCAGGCUGGGGCAAGAGAGCAGACGCCCUGGCUGAGUCUAUUUUCAAACGUCGACCAGGGUGGGGAAAACGCGAUUCUGACCUCGAUAAACGACGACCUGGCUGGGGCAAAAGAUCGGAGAACUUUCUGUCAGAGUUAGACAAAAGACGACCUGGCUGGGGAAAACGGUCAUCCGGCAAAGAUAUGUGUCCAGUUCUAUCCGACGAAGUCGUGUAUUAUUUAGAAAGAGCUGUUGAGGCUCAGUCUAAGCUCUCCCGGUAUUGCUGAGAGUGUGUAUCUUAUUUAAGUGAGACAUGCAAGGACACAGGCGAGGACAAAAUGGCGCUCCUGGGUCCUGAUCCAUGAAGACUACGGUGACUUUAUCGACUCGGCAUCUGACUAAUCCCUCCUGCCUCUCUGAAAUCUUCAAAACAGCAACCAACUAUCAUCAGUCCGUGAACAAACUACUCCUGAUAGGUAUCUGAUCAUCACCGGCUCCAUUCGUCAGUAACUAUGCUUCAGAUAACGCUUCGUCGGCUACAGAUGUGUAAAGUUUCUCGUCACGUCUCGCCAUCAAUUCAAUUAGAUGAUGAAAUAAUUAAUGACACUAUAAGAGCGUGUGACCAUCUUGGCGUCGUCGUCUGUCUUUUAGUGCACCCAGCAAUUCCAACCACACUGGGGACUUCGAUAAACAUCUGUAAUAUCUUGGACUGUGGCAGAAAUACUGGACAGGGCCACGUGCUAGCGUCUGCAUUGCCUCCAAGGACCCACCAGAUUCCAUCCACCUAUCACCCCAGGGAAUGGCAGAUAGAAUCUGGAUACAGUCGUCACAUGUUUUCACAGGCCUGGCAAGUAAAGUCUUGUCUUCUGGCUUUUAACAAUAUUGUUCGCAUGAUGUCGAUGAAGCCCAAACGUCCCCAGAUGAGCCUAGAGGUUUUUAAUUUAAUAAAGAAGAACAAGAAAUAUCUGACAGACUUGAUUAAAACAUAUUUCAUAGAUCAAAGACAGGUUUCAUCGUAUCCAAAUUAAAAUGACCUGCAGCUUUUGUAGCAGUUUAUAGAUAUUACAGGGCACCCUGGGCAAGCCCAUUUGUAAUAACCAGUUGAUAGAACAUUGCUCCUAUCUCGUAUGUAUUGUUUCAUUUGAUAGUUUCAUGCAGAGGCUAUGAAUAUAUUUUUGAACAAUCCAGCUACAUAGUUAUAGACGUAUGAAACCUAAGCCCUAUCCUGAUUAAAAUUUGUUGAGAAAUAUGUCGGACGAUUUAAGUUUGUUUUGUUGUUAAUUUUGUUUUAUGAUCAUGGUGUGUAGAAAUGUUCUUACCAUACAUUGCUUUUUGACAUUUCUGUGUUGUGGGAUCAUUGUUGUAUUAAGUUACGUUCUCACUUGAUUCUAAAAAUCGAUUUAUUUUUAACUGUAAAUGAAUAAAUGAAGGACUUUGGAGCACAGUGUUAUUGCCUAUCUGUCUCUUGUUACAGCAUAUUUGACUUCAAACGUAUAUACAGGUUAAUGAUUUUGCAGACGUAAGUAAUAUAAAGCAAAAUAAAAAGGCCUCUUUCCUACCAGCCCCACAGUGUGCAUUUUAAUAGAAAGUUAAAAAGAAAAACAACCUUAAAUCUUAACUUCGGACGAAACAUUGUUCUCUAUUGCAUUUACGAACAGAACGACGGAGAACACUGUAUACAUUAGACAACAAAAUACAGCUUUGAAACGAUGUGCUAAAGCUAGCCAAAGAGUCUAGAUGCUUCUUUAUCUACUUGUUCUUUUAGAAAAUUUUAUCAAUUUGUUACAGUAUUAAAUAUUUACUCGCAGGACAAGCUAAGAAUAUCAUUCCAAGUUUGAAUAGUUAAAUAUGUCUCUAAUCGUCCCACAUAAAUGAGGCUGAAAACAUAAAGUCUCAUCAGUACAUU